CGCCAGCACGCGCAUUCCCCGAAGCCCGGGCUAAGAUUGUAAGCAGUCUGCAUUAGCGUGUCCCAAUACGUACCUCAUCAACCUAUCAGAGCUUGGGAAAGACAUCUCUAAGCCCCCGAAAAGUGAAUGAUACCAAUGGAUCGGUACCUCGACCUACAAGUUUAUUUCUAGGCGAGCCGAUGUACCUUGGGAUGAUAUACCAUCAUCCUCUUGUCCACGCCGCGAAGCUAUUAUGUACCUAUGUAGGUAAUAUUUAGACAUCAUGGAUCGGGUCACGAUGGAUCGAACCAGGCCACUAUUAUACCGGCUGAGUCCGAUGCAUGAGGGAAGGGACUUACAUAGUACAGAUGAUGAAGAAUAAAUACCUAGGACCUCGAGAGAUGUCCGUCACCAACUCAUCUUUCUUCAUCCAACUUAUUACUCGCUCACUUAUAAGCCACUUAUAAGCAACUUAUAGAUCCUUAUCCAAGACACCAAAUAACAUCAAACCUCUCUCAUUAUCUCUCAUUAUAAACCAUGGCAUCGGGACUAUUCUUCGACCCCUUAACGCUCCUGCGCGUCGCACCACUAGUCACAUCAACAGCCUCCAUCGUCAUCGCAGGCGACUCGCACGUCUUCCUCAGCGCCCUCGUCUCGCUAAAACAGCAGCGAGCCAAAGUCAACGAGGUCGUGCCGCGCUACUUCGAGGCCUUCUUCUGGAGUGCGUUGCCCUCCAUCUUCAUCACCUAUGGCGUGUCUAUAACUUUCGGCCUCGUCAACUCUUACUCGAGAUUUCACGCUGCUUCCUGGAACUGGUACGCGGCUGGCUCGGCUCUUGCUUUUGCUCACUUCGCAUUCGUGCCCAAGAUUAUGUGGAAGGUCAAGGAUGCCAUCGAUGCGAAGGAAGAUCCUAACGGCGGAGGUGUCAAUGCUAUUCAGGGUUGGCUGGAUGUGCACCACGUGCGGACUGCUCUGGUCGAUAUUCCGGCGUGGGCAUGUUUCCUCGUUGCCACGGUAAAGGCUCUCAAGUCGAUUUAAGGCGGGUUAGAUGGCUUUGAGCUUUCAAGAGUGCUACUAGGACAGAGGAUAGACUCAGACUCUCAUGCUUAGGUUAAUGACCAAGCUGUAAGAUAUGUAUUAGGUAGUUACUUUAAACGCCAACUCUCUUAAUAGUCUUGAAAUAUCUACAAUAUCAACCCUUAUAAACUCAAGAUUGUAAUACUAUAGUUAUUCACUAUAAAAUAAG